AUGAAUUCAUCAUCGACAGGAUUGGAAUGGACAGAAUGGCUACAAGGAUGGCGUCGUUUAACAUAUGAGACACUUUUUCAGAAAAUCCAUGCUAAACAUUUACAAGACCCUUUGCUUUUGCCUCCUCUCAAUGACCUAAAUUGCAUUGUCACAGGAGCCACUAGUGGCAUUGGACUUGAAAUUGCUAAACAAUUAGCUGAGUCAGGUGCACAUCUUGUUAUGGCUGUAAGAAACACAAGUUUUGCUCAUCAACUCAUUCAGAAAUGGCGAAGAAAUGAAACUGAAUCGAGGCCCUUAAGCAUCGAGGUUUUAGAGCUUGAUCUGUUUUAUCUCGAAUCAGUUGUAAAAUUUGCACAAGAAUGGAAUUCGAGAUCAAAACCCCUGAAUAUUCUCAUCAAUAAUGCUGGAAUCUAUUCUAUAGGACAACCACAAAAAUUUACCAAAGAUGGAUAUGAAACACAUAUACAAGUGAACCAUCUUGCCCCUGCAUUACUAUCUGUUCUGCUUUUGCCUUCUUUGAAAAGAGGCACUCCGAGCAGGAUUAUCAAUAUGAUUUCCCUUAUGCAUGUAAUUGGCGUUGUUGAUCCUCAAGAUAUGAAUUUCUUAACCAAGAAGAAUAAGUUCACAAGUAGAAAGGCAUACUCGAGUAGCAAAUUGGCUCAACUGAAGUUUAGCAGUAUACUUCAAAAAUUUCUAAUUAAUACUAAUAUUCAUGUAUUGUGCGUAGAGCCAGGAGCUGUACGCACAAAUGUCACGAGAGAUCUUCCAAGAAUUCUGAACAUUCUUUAUCAGAAAAUGUUCAUUUUCAUGUUUGAUGCUCAACAGGGUUCAAGAAGUGCACUUUUUGCAGCUACUGAUGCUGAUAUCUUGGAUUAUUGUGGUGACUUGAAAGCGCAAGAGUGUAAUGUUUGUGCCUUCAUUGGUUGCCAUUGUAGAAUUAGUGAACCUAGCAAAGAAGCAUAUAAUGAGAGAACUUCUUUUGAAAUAUGGAAUAAGACGAUGGAAAUGGUUGGUCUUCCUGCAGGUGGUGUUGACAUGAUCCUUCAAGGUGAAGAAAUUCAUUGCCGCUAUGGGGCUAAUAGUGAUCGUUAA